AUGCUUGCAGUGAUCCAGAAAAAGAAAAGUUUUGAUGAGAUAUUUUUCGAUUACUUCAAGGAAAAUAAAACAGAGAUAGCUCACGCAAUCACCAAGCUGUUUCCUUUCUUAGAAAGCCUCAAGGACCGCUCCUUCAUCACCGACAAAGUCUAUGCUGAUUCUUAUGAAGCCUGUAGGAACUCAGUUCCUGUAGAGAAAGUGGUGUACAAAAUUCUAGAUAACUUGGAGAAGUUAUUUGGCUGGUCAUUUCUAUGCAUUCUGUUCAACAAAACGAACCUGAAAGCUUAUCCUGGUUUAAGAGAAAUUCAUAAGAACUUGGGCUCAGAGCUAGAGGACAAAUAUUUAUCCCAGAGAAGUAAGCAAGACCAGAAACUUGCCACUGUGCAUCCACGCUGCGAGCAAGGGACAAACCUACGAACGCAUGAAAAUUGGACGCAACCUUAUUUUGUGAAACAAGAAAGCUUACAGAAGCCAGGGAGAAGGCAGAACCAAGAGGAUGACGUCAUUGUGAUCAGCAGUGAUGAAGAUGAGAAUGAACUCCUGGAACUCUUCACUUUGACACCGAGACGCAGGCAGCAGGUGGAUGACGAAGGUGAGGACCAUGUACCCUGGGCUCCGGAAUGCAGAGGUUCCCUUAGGAGGUCACACCUCCUGUUCCCCAACUCUCCAUUCUUAGGGGACAUCGAAGAGCCCAGCCGCCCAUUCUCUACACCUUACUUUUUAUGA